AUGAGUCAGAACUCAAAUACCAAUGCCAACAAUGCACCAAUGCCUUCAACAACAACAACAAGUCCUCCCAAGCCUGCCAUGAAUCUGAACUUCCCAAUGGGUGCACAACCCGAUAUAAUCCGUGCCAACCAAAAGGAUGUUUAUUAUCAAACACUUUUACAAGAACAAAUGACGAGUGUAUGUCAACAAUUCCUUGGAUCCCGCAUACAGCACCAGUGGCAAAAGGAGAUCAAUACCCUUUCAGACUUUUGUUAUUAUGGAUUAACGACCUUACUUGGCACACAAACGUUGGGUGAGGAAUAUUGUGAUCUUGCUCAAGUGGAUCGUUAUGCACAAGGGUUUCCUGGUAUUUUGAGACGUGCAUCGCUGGUCUUUGCACAUACGUUAUUGCCAUACAUUUAUGUACGUGGUGUAGCCGAGUUGAAGCGACGAAGAGCACGACAUGCACGUAGCAACAACAACAACAAUGAGAGCAAGGCCGCCGUGAGUCGAAAGGAUCAAUUCAUCCAAUGGCUGCAACCAAGACUACCCACCCUGCAGGAGAUUUUCCAGAAAGCUGUACAGCCUAUGCAUUUGGCAAUUUUUUAUUUUGUUGGGGCCUACUACAACUUUUCAAAGCGUGUCACUGGUACUCGUUAUAUCUUUACACGACAAUUGGGUCCUCAUGAACAACGUGUUGGCUAUGAAGUAUUGGGUGUGCUCAUUGUUGCACAAUUGGCGAUCCAGGGAUAUCUUUCAUUCAAAAAGCGCAUGGAAGCACGUCGAAAGGAGCAAGAACAACAAGAAAAAUUGAAGUUGCAGGAACAGGAAGCUGCUGCUGCUGCUAUUGCUGCAUCAAGUACCAAAUCUGUGGAUCAGGUUGUUGCCGAGGAUGACUUUGAUUUCAUGAACGAAUUUGAUGAUGAACCCAAGGAGGAGGAUCAACAUGAAGAAAAGGAGCUUAGUGAAGAAGAGAUGCAAUUCCUAAAGUGUGCAUUAUGUUUGGAACCACGCAAGGUGACCACGGCCACCCCAUGUGGACAUUUGUUUUGCUGGAGUUGUGUUAUUGAAUGGUGUCAAAACAAGCCUGAAUGUCCUUUGUGUCGUAGCUCUGUAAACAUUGCUCAUUUGAUACCGCUUAAUAACUUUUAA